AUGCAGGCGGUCAGCAGCACGAGUGUGGGUAAAAAUGCCGCCAGACGAUCGGUGGUUCGCUGCAAGGUGGCCUCGCCUGGAGUCGAGAAGGCCGAUGCGUCCGCGUCCGCCGGCGAGUACACGCCGACAAGCGACGCGUCCACAAUGAACCUCAUGUCCGGCGCCAUCAACGCGCUCUUCGGCUUCCAGCCUUUUUUCAGGUUUGCAGCGGGAAAGGCGCGCGAGAUGAUGGUCAAACGAGGGGAUGCCAUCGGUUUCCCAUGGGCGCCGCGUCUCGCGGAGCUCAAGCGGCACGACUGGGACGAGGAGCUGCGAUUGGUCGCCGCCACGAGCCGCGUCCCCAGGGACGCCAGCGGGGAGUACGUCUACCCGGAGUACUACACGAAACCGUUCCACGCGUACGAAAAGGGUAACCUUUCGCUGGACGCGGCGCUGGAGGUGGAGCUGGCAGCGAAGGCUGUGCACGCCCCGGUCUUCGACCCCGAGAGCAAGACGCUGGACCCGGAGGGCGAUGCGAAUCUGCGGAGGGGGUACCACGCGAAGCUGGUGGAGCAGCUGCGCAUCCAGCCCAAGCACAUCGUCGACCUGGGCUGCGCGUCCGGCCUCAGCACCUUCGCGCUCGCCGAGCCCAAGAGCGUCGUCGACCUGGACUGCGCGUUCGGCCUCAGCACCUUCGCGCUCAACGAGACCUUCCCUGAGGCCGAGUUCAUCGGAGUGGACCUCUCGCCUUACUUCGUUGCUGCAUCCAAUUACAACGUCCGGGAGAAGAGCAAGCAAGCGGGGCGCGAGCUGCCAUUCACGUUCAUCCAUGCAGCCGCGGAGGACACGGGUCUGCCUGCUGAAUCCGUGGACCUGGUGUCCAUCUGCCUCGUGUGCCACGAGCUGCCGCGGUCAGCCACCAAGAAGAUCAUAGAGGAGGCGCAUCGCAUCUUGAGGCCAGGGGGCGCGUUUGCAGUGAUGGAGAUGAACCCACGGUCGCCCUUCUUCCAGAAGAUCUCCAACAACCCCUUCACCUUCGCUGCGUUCAAGGCAACGGAGCCAUACCUGGAUGACUACCGCACAUUCCCCAUCGAGGAUGCCAUUGCAGAGAGAGGCUUUGAGUACCCACAGCAGAUGGAGAGCAGCCCUCGCCACCGUUGCAUUGUUGCCCACAAGCUGUAG